AUGAUAACUGCAACAUGCUCUUCCUUCGCCGGCCUGGCAACAGUCCGCUUCAUGCUCGGUAUGUUUGAGGCCACAAUUUCGCCCGGUUUCGUCGCUAUCACAGGUAUCUGGUGGACCCAUCAAGAACAAGCUUCUCGAUCCGCAAUCUGGGUCUCAUUCUUGGGAUUCUUCGGCACUAUCGGCGGGCUCAUCACUUUCGGCAUCGGACAUAUCGAAGGGAGUCUGGCUACAUGGAAAUUGAUCUUCUUGAUUCUUGGAGCGUUUACGAUCGUUUGGGGUGUGCUGUUCGUUAUUGUCGUUCCUGAUAAUCCAGCAACCUGCAGAUGGCUGAGCCAAGAGGAGAGGGUUAUUGCGAUCCAGCGUGUGGUGGAGAAUAAAACGGGCACGAAGAGCACGACUUUCGUCAAAGCUCAAGUAAUUGAAGCUUUGACGGAUCCAAAGAUCCUGUUGCUGGGCUUGAUUUCAUUCGUCAAUGCUGUUGCAAGUGGCGGGUUGAGUUUCGGCAGUAUCAUCAUCAAAGGUUUUGGAUUCACAUCGUUGCAGACGACGUUGAUGAAUAUGCCGUUGUCUUUCUUGCAAGCUAUUUUCACGCUCAUUGGUGGUUAUGCACAGCACAAGUUCCCCAAUGCAAGGCUGAUCGUUGGAUCUGUGGCAAUGAUUCCACCCAUCAUUGGUACAGUUUUGAUCAAUCAGCUGGACGCACAAAAUAAAUGGGGACGAUUGGUUGGUGUCUGGCUUCUCGCUGGAUAUCCAACUGGUUUCAUGGUUCUGCUUGGGCUGCUAGCCACCAAUGUAGCCGGAUCAACCAAGAAGAGUAUGGCUAGUGCUAUGGUAUUUGUCAUGUACUGUGUUGGGCAGAUUGUUGGUCCUCAAUGCUUCAAGGCAAAACAAGCACCAGCCUACCAUGGUGGAAUUAUUGCAAUGCUGAUUGGUUUCAUCCUUAAUAUUGUAUUCAACUUGACUCUCCGAAUCCUGUAUCAACUCGAGAACAAGAAGCGGGAUCGAGCAUUGGAAGGGAAGACUCAAGAAGAGAUUGAGGCUUUGAAGGACGAGAGUCGUCUGCAAGGCUUCGAUAAUGUGACAGAUAAGCAUAAUGUCUUCUUUCGGUAUUCGAUCUGA